UAAUCCAAUCGGACAUCAGCAUUCACUCAUCUAACAAGUAACAUCUUUGAUCUUUCAAUUUUCAUCUUUCAUCUUUGUUCCAACUUCCAAUGGUUCCACAUAGCGUAGUAUUGAAGUAGUGUAUUUUAAUAAUAUCACUGUGUAGUGCGUGUUGGGCUAAACGAUGCCUCUAUUUGGAAAAAAGGAUUUUGGUAGAAAGUCAAAAAAGGAUGCGAAAGAAACAGAUAAGCAGCCAUCCAUUGAGGACAAGUAUGUUCUAAAAGACCUUUUAGGAACAGGCGCCUUUUCCGAAGUACGAUUGAUAGAGAGUAAGGAAAAUGGACAGCUGUUUGCAUGCAAAAUUAUAGACAAGAAAGCUUUAAAGGGUAAAGAGGAUUCCUUAGAGAAUGAGAUCAGAGUUCUCAAAAGAUUUAGCGAGAACGCAAAGGCAGAUGGUGGAGAGAAGAAAAUGUUUUCACACCCUAAUAUCGUACAGCUGCUUGAAACAUAUGAAGACAAAAAUAAAGUUUAUCUAGUAAUGGAACUCGUUACUGGUGGUGAAUUGUUUGACAGAAUCGUUGAAAAGGGUUCAUAUACUGAAAAAGAUGCGUCAAAUCUUAUCAGACAAGUUUUAGAAGCAGUGGAUUACAUGCAUUCUCAGGGAGUUGUCCAUAGAGAUUUAAAACCUGAAAAUUUACUAUACUACAGUUCUGAUGAAGAUAGCAAGAUUAUGAUUAGUGAUUUUGGUCUAUCGAAAAUAGAAGAUUCAGGCAUAAUGGCAACAGCUUGUGGAACACCCGGUUAUGUGGCUCCAGAAGUAUUAGCUCAAAAACCAUAUGGCAAAGCAGUUGAUGUAUGGAGCAUAGGUGUAAUAUCCUACAUAUUGCUCUGUGGAUAUCCACCUUUUUAUGAUGAGCAGGAUUCAAACUUAUUUGCACAGAUUCUCAAGGGUGAUUUUGAGUUUGAUUCACCCUACUGGGAUGAUAUAAGUGAGUCUGCAAAGGACUUUAUCCGACAUCUUAUGUGUGUGGAUGUUGAGAAAAGAUACACUUGCAAACAAGCUCUGGCCCAUCCAUGGAUAUGUGGUAAUGAAGCCAGCAGCAAGAACAUCCAUGGUACUGUGUCAGAGCAACUCAAGAAGAACUUCGCUAAAUCCCGUUGGAAACAAGCAUACCAUGCGACAACUGUCAUCCGUCAAAUGCAGAAACUUAUGAUACUUAAUAGCAGUAGCUCAAGUCGCAACACAAAUGCCCCAACUAAGUCUCAAAAUCAACAGCAGUAAUCGUCAUUAAAAAGGUACUUAUUAUGGCUGAGAUUUCAUAUAUAUAUAUAUAUAUAUAUAUUAUUGGCCAGUAACUCUACUGUCAUAUGUUUGAGAUUUUCUUCAUUAAAUGUCUUCUUUUUCAAGGUUAUGUUACUACUUAUGUACUUCAUAAAUAAUUUUUUAUGUAAAUCUCAGCCAUGCUUUGAAUAUUUAAGCUAAAAGGAUAAACUUAUCUUGAUACUUAAUAUGCUAAGAUCUGAAGUGUUA